AUGGAAGAAGCUACUAAAGUAUUAGGUCGCUACCAUGGCGAUGGUGACGAAUCGCAUCCAAUAGUGCUUCUACAGCUUAAAGAGAUGCAAAACCAAAUCCGACAAGAUGCAUCUGACAAGAAAGGGUGGGACUACUCCGAGUUGGUCAACACUCACUCCGCUCGCCGAAGGCUCAUUUGCGUCUUGGGAAUGGCAUGUUUCGGCCAAUUGAGCGGAAACAGCGUUACAUCCUAUUACCUUCCCGUCAUGCUCGAAAACGCUGGAAUCACAGCUCAGGGUACCAAGCUGAUGUUGAACGGUAUCUACCCCGUCAUAUGCUUCUUCGCAGCAAUUCUCGGAGCUCGUAUGACCGAUACUGUUGGUCGUCGACCAUUGUUGCUUUACUCAAUCCUGUUCUGUUCAGGCUGUUUUGCCAUUAUCUGCGGUACGAGCAAGCUUGCGCAACACGACAUCGACAAUAAGUCAGCGGCAAACACAACCAUCGCCUUCAUUUACCUUUUCGGAAUCAUCUUCUCCUUCGGCUGGACGUGA